AUGCGCGCCGAUGUAUGCAGUCUCGCCGCUGGAGAGCUGUUUGUGCAACUAUACAUGGAGGAGAUUGUGGUGCCCCUUCAGCCGAUUACAGUCGUCGGAGAGGAGGACGUGCUGAUGUUCCCCAAAGAGGAGGACGUGCGCCUGGAACUGGCACGGCUCUCUCGUGAGCGAACCUACAUGGAGCUGGACGGGUUCGUGAUGGCCUCAGUGGUCAUGAGCAUCGCAAAGGCACUGGGGUACAACGUACAUGAGCUCCGGGCCGCAUGUGCUCAUGAGCUGAGCACAUGUGGGACGCCUCUACUCAUACGGUCACCCACGGCUGAGAACUAUGCGGAGCGUCAGGCCGCACAGGAGACACUGGCAGACAUGCUGCAUGAGUCGCCAGAGCCGCUACCUCCUGCACCCGCGAUAUGGGCCCGCCAACACCAGGAGGAGACUGGCGCACACCUCAAGGCGCGCAAAGAAAGCACGGAGACGCAGAGUCCGGACACCCCUGAUGCCACACCAGAGAAGGGUCGAGUCGGAGGGAUGCGGAAGCCACGAGCUGCAGCGGCGAAAGCAAAGGCAUGUCCUGGCACCGGGGAGAAGAAGAGAGGAGGCACGAGCGAGUACACGGGAGUCUGGAAGAACACUUUAUCCAAGGUCAUGGAACAGUCCGUGGGUGAGAUGGCAGCUCUGGAGGGGUGUAUUGAGGAUGAUGUACGUCACCUCGUGCAUAAGCGGCAGUGGUAUCCGUGGAGGGAAUGGAGGAAGGCAAUGGAUGACAUAGGGGUGAAGCCAGGAACCCCAUUCGAGCUGGAGAAGAAUGGCAAGGGGAUCCCACAGACUCCCCGCCACGACACCAGUGUUGAUGCACCAGGGGAAGCGGGAGAUGCGGAGGGGGAGAGCGUAGAAGUUUCCCCUGGGGAAGGGUCGGAUGGUGAAGCGGUAGACAUGCGCACGCCCUGA